AAAACGAAAGUAAUUAAUCUCUGCAAGAUGGUGGCGGGGAAGGGUGCGGGCUGCGGCCGGACGGGGGAUGUCUGGGGGCUGAGGGGCUGCUGCUCCUCUCCGGGAACCCGGCUGCCCACCCUGGUACUGGCGCUGGCGCUGGCGUGGCUGCUACCCGCCGCAGAUUCGUUGGAUAUGAACAUUUUUGCCAGUCCGAAGAACGUAUUUUUGAAUUCAGAGGUUUUGUUGGAAUGUAAAUUUACUGGGUUUACAGCACCGCUUGACUUGAGAAAUGUAGGUGUGCUGUGGUAUGGACCAGGCCAGGAACAAAUCUAUGCUUUUGAAACGGGAGAACAUAGGCGCAAGAAACCUGGCACAGAAAUAUCCGACAUUGAACUAUCCAAAGGAGAUGCUUCACUUCUGCUUAAUAAUGUCCAAUUGGCCGACGAAGGGAAUUAUACUUGCGUUGUGUUUGUCACUCCCGAAAAGGCACAAAAGAGUUCGGAACUGCGAGUUUUAGCUCAGCCGAAGCUGCAUUUAUCCACACAACAUGUUACCAUUGAGACUGGUGCGGAGAAGCUGGUGACAUGUGAUGCUACGGGAUUUUACCCUGAGGCACAUAACAUCUACUGGGAAAAAGUAUCCAAGGAUAAGACUGAGAAACUAAGCCACGAUGUCUUCAACACACUUCCAGUUCGUAAUCCGGAUAAAACCUUUAAUGUCUCCAGUGCAAUGAGAAUUAAACCAACUCUAGUUGAUAAUGGCAAUGUGUACAAGUGUGUCAUGGACCAUAAAUCAUAUACUGACCCUCUCUCACUCGAGUUGAAACUCACAGUCGAAGAUUCGUUGGAUAUGAACAUUUUUGCCAGUCCGAUGGAAGUACAUUUGAACGAAUCGGUUUUGUUGGAAUGUAAAUUUACUGGGUUUACAGCACCGCUUGACUUGACAAAUGUAGGUGUGCAGUGGUUCGGACCAGGCCAGGAAAAAAUCUAUGUUUUUGAAACGGGAGUACAUAAGCUCAAGAAACCUGGCACAGAAAUAUCCGACAUUGAACUAUCCAAAGGAGAUGCUUCACUUCAUCUUAAUAAUGUCCAAUUGAACAAUGAAGGGCAGUAUACUUGCGUUGUGUUUGUCACUCCUGAAAAGGCACAGAAGAGUUCGGAACUGCGAGUUUUAGCUCAGCCGAAGCUGCAUUUAUCCACACAACAUGUUACCAUUGAGACUGGUGCGGAGAAGCUGGUGACAUGUGAUGCUACGGGAUUUUACCCUGAGGCACAUAACAUCUACUGGGAAAAAGUAUCCAAGGAUAAGACUGAGAAACUAAGCCACGAUGUCUUCAACACACCUCCAGUUCGUAAUCCGGAUAAAACCUUUAAUGUCUCCAGUGCAAUGAGAAUUGAACCAACUCUAGUUGAUAAUGGCAAUGUGUACAAGUGUGUCAUGGAGCAUAAAUCAUAUACUGACCCUCUCUCGCUCGAGUUGAAACUCACAGUCGAAGAACCUGUGGAACAUUCGUCAACAGGGGCUAUUCUUGGAGUUUUAUUUGCUGGAAUUAUUCUAUGCGCACUAAUUGCCUUUGGACUCUAUGUUUACUUCGUGAAAUACAAACCAGCUCCUCCAAAGAUCACUGGAUCCAAUGGACAUCAAACCAUGCAACAUCUUGAAAAAGAAAUGGCCACUUGGUGGGUUUGUCCAUUCCGACCUCGUGAAAUUAUAAUUCGCUUAUACCUAAGGAGGAAGGGGGAAAUAUAUGACAUGAGAAAUACUAUUUUAGAUUGGGACAGCAGAAAAUCUACUGAAAACAGAAAUGGAAAGAUCAACGGAGAGGGUCACAAUGAAGCGAGCAUUCUUAUGAAUUCAAAUUAUGUCAAUGCAUCUUUUACACCAUUGGAACCCAAAUAUGACACUGAUGCAGAUGGGAUUUCCAGUGUGAUGAUCAAUGUGGAAAUAUAUCCAGAUGUUAACCAGGAUGCAGGGGCUGAAUUAACCAUUGAAGUUCAACAUAAAUCACUGAAACAGCCGAUAUCAAAGACUUUGAUACUGGAUGUUAAAGGAGUGCCACCCAAGGUUUCAAACAUCUUCAAACCCUCUUGCAUCAUUCACAAUGAAUCUACAUCUUUGAUCUGUUCAAUCACUGGGUUUAAACCGAGACCUUUACGUAUCACGUGGCAACGAAAGAGAAAGAACAUGGAGGCAGAAGAAAUAGUUCGAAUGGAGGAGGACAACAGGACAACUAUUCACGGUGGUGACGGGGAGAUGUCCACAUAUAAACAUUACAUCAGUGAGAUGAAGCAUGAUGAUGAAUCCUACAGCAUCACUAGUGUACUAGAGUUAGUGCCUGAUAUACAGCAAGAUCAAGACUCGCUUUACACCUGUAAAGUACAUCACAGCGGCACCAGUGACCAGGAGAGAGAAAUCAAGUUAAUAAUUGCAGUCAUUCCAAAAGUGGAAUUAAAGUGCCACACAGACAAGAUACUUGAUGGUGUACCCAUGACGAUAAGCUGUCAAAUAAAUGCGUUUUACCCCAAAGACAUCACAGUGAAAUGGCUGAAAAACGAUGAAGAGAUGUUGCAGAAUUUCAAAGUUGCUGAGCCAGUAAUUGGUCAGGACGGUCUCUAUCAUGUGGCAAGUGAUGUGGAGAUAGUCCCCACCAGGGCUGAGUCAACAGCCAAAUAUACAUGCCGAGUGUCCCAUUCGAGCCUCACUGAGCCAUUACACAUUGAAUGGGUUGCAGGUGAAAUAGUUUCAUUGCCAGAGCUUACAGCAAUUGAGGUCGAUCCACUUUGCCCCGAAAUGGGAAAGGAAGUAACACUCUCCUGCAAAGCUUACGGAUUCUAUCCUGAAGUAAAUGACAUAUUCUGGUUCAAAGACUUUGAGAAAGUGAAAGAUCCAUUCAAAGUAGGAAUUACUCUGGGACCAAAUGAACUGGACACAGAGAAUGGUUGCUAUUCACGUUUAUCCAAGUGGAAAUUCACACCAGCUGCUGUUGACCAUGGAAAAGAAUUUAAGAUGAAAGUCCUUCAUUCUACAACUUCAGGCAACCCCAAUGCUUCCAGUUACACUUUAAAAUUAAAAGGGAUUCCAAUCGUCGACGACAUUAAGUAUGAGCCACCAGUGGCUGCGUCUGGUUCGCAACAUCGUCUCGUCUGCAAAGUUGAUAACUUUCAUCCAAAAAAAAUCAGAACAAGCUGGCUACGUAAAGGGAAACCAAUAUCCCAUGGAGUCGAAGAUGCAGUUAUGAUGGAGGAUGAGAAUGGAUGUUUUCAGAUGUGGUCCUCUUUGAGUAUUAAUCCAACUGAUCUACAAUUUGAUGAAAAGAUUUCCUUUCAAGUGACGCAUUCAAGGUUAAAUACUCCAAUAACAAAACAACUGUCUUUAAAACUUCCAGAUUAUGGCAAAAAUGAAAAUGAUGUCAAUGAAAAAGUCGAUGAAGAUUAUGGCAAAAAAGAAAAUGAUGUCAAUGAAAAAGUCGAUGAAGAUUAUGGCAAAAACGAAAAUGAUUUAAAUGAAAAAGUCGAUGAAGAUUAUGGCAAAAAAGAAAAUGAUGUCAAUGAAAAAGUCGAUGAAGAUUAUGGCAAAAACGAAAAUGAUUUAAAUGAAAAAGUCGAUGAAGAUAAUGGUAAAGUAGAAAAUGAUGUCAGUGAAGAAGUCAAUAAAGAAAAGUUGAAGGUGGUCUCAAAGAUAACAUGCCGUCCAGAGAAACCUAAGGCUGGGCACCCGGUAAUGCUGUCCAGUGAAGUUCGAGACGCAAGUGCAGAUCAAGCCCAUAUCAUCUGGUACAAAGAUACUUACCCUUUUGAUGAACAUCGGUAUGUUACAAACACGCCAUUUGAAAAUGAAUAUGGUUUCACUACGACUUUAACUUACACACCAAAGGAAGCAGAUGGCAAUCAUAUCCAAGUUUUCAUUGAUGUUAACAUGGAAGAACAUGUGAGAGAUUUCGCCUUGAUAUUAAGUUGAAUAAGCGAGUUCGGUAUUCCAAAAAAACGCAAGGAAUCAUGGGAUUUGUCAUUUGCCAUAAAGAAAAAGCGAACAAAGCACCAGCUGAAUAAACAGUAUAAAUUCUUAUAUUUAUUCAUGAUUUAUGUGUAAAAAUAAAUUGAAUCUGAGGAACGGGGGUGCCGUGUGGUCACCUUAUAGGAACGCAAUGAUGAUAGUUUCUGAGUCGAAUAUCACUAUCCUGCUAAUUUCAAAGCAGUGAAAUUCUUCAGCCUCAUCUAUGAGAGACUCCCAUAAAUGGUCAAUUCCUCAUCCCCUCCAAAGGAACAGGUAGCGUGAGAGCGGGAUGUAACAGCGAGAGAGAGGGGGCAGAUGCGAGUGAGAGACAGGGGAGAGCGCAGACACAGACCCGCCUCAUCCGCAACCAGGAUUGAACCCGAAUCCCCAGCGCCGCAAGCGCUGCCUAACCGCCACAGGACCCUGUCCUGUCCCCGUUCCGUUCCCCCCCCCCCCCCCCCCCCUCCACCGAGUGUCCCAUCCCCGCCCAGCGACCCCGGACCGACGACACCAGUGGCCCCACGCCCAUAGCCAGCGCGGAGAAGAAGCGGCAACCCCAGCUCAACUCUGCCUGUCUCGUCAGGCCAACCAACAGCCUCCGACCGACGGGACACCAGGCCCACAGCCAGCGCGGAGAAGAAGUGCCAACUCCAGCCCAACCACGCUCCAACUCCCGAGGAACCCACUCCCCGAUGGGCCGGGGAGCCGCCAUCCCCAGCCGCCGGCCAAGCCCCCUGGUGCCGGCGAAAGCCGAGCACCAGCCAUCAAUGGGGACACACAUAAAGUGCAGCAGCAACUUAGCUGGGACAGGCAGCAUCCCCAGAGAAAAGGAAUGGGUGACGUUUCAGGUCGAGACAUCUCCAAAGAUGUUGCCUGAGCCGCCGAGCCACCGCAGCACCCAGUGUGCAUCUCCGCCGAUGACCGGCACUCGGCCCCUGCCAACCGACAGCCACUGGACAAGGAGAGAGGCGCAGCCGACAGUCCCCGGCCCCCCAAGGGAGCCGGAGCAGAACCGAAGCUAGCGCCUUUUCCCCGUGCAGUCUGCAAGCCCGGCCCGACACCUCCGGCUGCCCCCGGACAUGGACGGGACACCCGGGAGGGGACGGGGACGGGGACGGCUCAGCAACAACUCAACAGUGCCCGCAGCGCCGGAGACACGGGUCCACGAAGCAGCACGAACUCGCUCACUCACCAAAGCAUAAAGCAAUAAAAACAACAAAAUAGUCUUGGCUUUUAACAAAGAAGAAUCAAAGCUGGAAAAAACGGAUGAAAUGAAGAUCUGUUUGUACACAGCUCCACUGCUUCCAGCAAUGUUUAUGCAGUGACCUUUGACCUGGGCAUGCGCAGUUGGAAUACUGAACUCGCUUAUUGAUACAGCAUUUUUUGGAAGAAUUUCAAACUGCAAGAAUUUUGUUGUUCUUUUCUGAUGCUUUUGAAAAUUAACACGCCUGACUCAUAAUGUAUAAUUGAAAGCAUUUCUUCAGUUUAGUUUAUUGUCACAUGUACCGAGGCACCGUGAAAAGCUUCGGUACAUGCAACUGUUUGCAUGCUGACCGGUCAUUGGAAACACCAUACAUGAUUACAAUUGAGCCAUCCACAAGAUAAGAUAAGGGAAUAACGUGAAUGAUCAGUAAGGGUGUCAAGAGUUACAGGGAGAAUGGGGUUGAGGGAAUAUUAGGCCUAUCCCAGUGGCCUAAUUCUGCAUUGUCAACUUCAUGUUUACUAUUGUAUUUAUAUCUUUUUUUAACCUUCUGAUUGAUAAAUUAAUCCAAUUUAUAUAUUUUUUAUCUAAGUCAUAUAAAAUUGAUCUAAAGAGUUAAGCGAGAUUGUGAAGGGAAGUGGGGGCAAAGUGCGAUUUGUUUUUAGAGUUACAGUGUGGGAACAGACCUUCAGUAUCUGUCCACAUUAGUUUAGUUUAGUGAUACAUCAUGAAAAAGGCCCUUCAGCCAACUGAGUCCACGCCGACCAUCAAUCACACUCGUUCCAUCUUGUCCCAAUUUCACACCCACUCCCUACUCACUAGGACCAAUGUACAGAGGUUAAUUAACCUACAAAUCCACAAGUCUUUGAGAUGUGAGAGGAAACCAGGCCACCCAGAAGAAACCCACACAGUCAUAGGGAGAACAUGCAAACUCCACACAGACAGCACCUUAGGUCAGGAUCGAACCUGGGUCUUUGGCGUUGAGAGGCAGCAGCUCUACCAGCUGCGCCUCUGUGUUGCCCUCAGUUAUGUUAACACUAGGUGAUUAAUUAAACACCAGUGGCUGCUUAGACAAGGCACUUUGUACCAUGACCGUGGUACAAAGUGAGUUAUCUGAACAGACACUGGGAUUUAGUUAAUAAUUUCCCUGAAUUACCCAACCCAGUAUUUUUCCACGUUUGGAAUAUUUUAGGAAUAGCAUCGGGGCUGAUGGAAUUAAAUGUUAAUGCUGCAGAGUUUGCAGUUACAGCCAGUUAGUAACAGAAGUUUAGAGUUUAGAAGGGGGACCUCAUUGAAACUUACAGAAUAGUGAAAGAUAUAGACAGUGGAUGUGGAGAGGAUGUUUCCACUGGUGGGAGUUUUUAGGACCAGAGGUUAGUGCCCUCAGAAUUAAAGGGCACUCUUUUAGAAACGAGGUGAGGAGAAACUUCGUUAGUCAUUGUCACAGAGGGCUGUGGAGGCCAAAUCAGUGGAUAUUUUUAAGGCAUAGAUAGACACAUUCUUGAUUAGAACAGGUGUCAAGGGUUAUGGGGAGAAGGCAGGAAAAUGGGAGAAGGCAGGAAAAUGGGAUUAGGAGGCAGAGAUCGGCCAUGAUUGAAUGGCAGAGUAGUCUCAAUGGGCCGAAUGGCCUAAUUUUGCUCCUAUAUCUUGUGAACUUGUAACAGGCACCAAGGAUAUAGCAGUCCAUUUGGUAAUCAUUACAUUUGUGGGAAAGAACUGCAGAUGCUAGUUUAAAUCGAAACUUGAAUUUCGAUUCUAAAGAAGAGUAUCGACCCGAAACGUCACCCAUUCCUUCUCACCAGAGUUACUCCAACAUUUUGUGUCUACCCUGUGAAUCAUUACUUUAGUGACUUGGAUCACCAGCUACCACUGCCUCAGGAGAUCUUUGUAAUCAGUGUGGCUUCUGAAAUCUCAAUCACAUCAGAGUUUUUUAAUAGGUGGCCAUACAGAUUUUUAUUCAUUUCACACAGUAAUUAAAUAUUGUAUCAUUUGCAUUUGCAUAAGAUGGUAUUUUGAAAUAAUUUGUAAUACUGUAUGCAUGUUCUAUUUUGUAAAUUUCUUUAACUUUUGAUGCAUGUAAAUAAAUAUUUUCUAUCAUAGAA